CAGCCCACUGAGCCCAGCCCACUGCUGGCACUAGAAGAACACACUGCAAGUGUUUUCUUCUGUCAUUCGUUUCACGGAAAGCUAACGGUAUGGCGGGCAUACACGAAGGCCCCGAGUUUGGGGUUGGCGAUUUCGUUCUUCUUCAUGAACUCUCUUUGGAUGCUUUUAUGGACAACCUGAAACACAGAUUCAACAAAGGGAAAAUUUACACCUACAUUGGCGAAGUGGUCGUUUCAGUGAAUCCGUACAGGUCUAUGGAUAUUUACAAUAACAGCUUUGUCCAGCAGUAUAAGGACAGAGAGAUUUAUGAGCGGCCCCCACAUAUUUUUGCUCUGGCGGAUAAUGCCCACAAAACCAUGCGAAGACAAGCUCGUGAUACGUGCAUCGUCAUUUCGGAGUCAAAGACGUCCUCAUUAAGUCCAACAAUAUCCUGGAGGCUUUUGGGAAUGCCAAAACUAAUCGCAAUGACAACUCAAGUCGCUUUGGGAAGUACAUGGAUAUCAACUUUGACUUCAAAGGAGACCCAGUUGGAGGCCACAUCAGCAACUAUCUGCUGGAAAAGAGCAGAGUUGUUUACCAGCAAGAGGGAGAAAGGAAUUUCCAUUCCUUCUACCAGUUGAUGGCAGGUGCUCCAGAGGCCAUGCUGAACGAGCUCAAGCUGACCAGGGACCCCAAGAAGUACAACUUUGUCAACCAGGGCGGGGACCAUAAGGUGGGCUCCAUCAACGACAAACAAGAUUUCCGAGCUGUCAUGGAUGCCAUGAGGGCCACUGGCUUCACCGAGGAACAGACAUCCACACUGUGGAAGAUUGUGUCAUCCGUCCUGCAUCUGGGCAACAUUGAAUUUGAAGGAGAAGAGGAAUCCACCGUUGUUAACAGUGUAGAAACAGCCACCAUCGCAGCGCUGUUGUCCGUCACCAAGGAUGACGUGGAGAAGGCUCUGUGUUCGCGUGUGAUUGCCGCAGGAGGCAAUGUCGUGGACAAACAUCUCAAUGCCGGAGAGGCUCACUACGCAAGGAAAGCUUUUGCUAAGGCUAUGUAUGACAGGAUGUUUUCUUGGAUUGUUGGACGCAUUAAUGACGCUAUUGAUCCAAAACAUGGUGGUUUGGUUGGCAAGAACACAGUCAUUGGUGUCCUGGACAUAUAUGGCUUUGAAAUCUUUGACAACAACAGUUUUGAACAGUUCUGCAUCAAUUACUGCAACGAGAAACUACAACAGCUUUUCAUAGAGCUGGUUCUGAAGCAGGAACAAGAGGAAUACAUGCGGGAAGGCAUCCAGUGGCAGCAUGUGGACUAUUUCAACAACAAAGUCAUUUGUGACCUGGUUGAGCUGCCUCACAAGGGAGUACUGGCUAUCCUGGAUGAAGCCUGUCUUAAUGUUGGCAAGGUUACAGAUGAGAUGUUUCUUGAUGCAAUGUCACAAAAACUGGGAAAGCAUGAGAGGUUCACUUGCAGAAAGCUGGCCCCCGCAGACAAGACGUUGGAACACAAAAGAGACUUCCGCAUCAGGCACUACGCUGGUGAUGUCACCUACUCUGUGGCUGGCUUCAUCGACAAGAACAAGGACACUUUGUUCAUGGACUUCAAGAGACUUCUCUUUAACAGCACCAACUCUGUGAUCAAAGACAUGUGGCCUGAAGGAGCUCGGAGCGUGAAAGAGACCACAAAGAGGCCAAUCACAGCUGGCACAUCAUUCAAGAACUCAAUGAUUGCCCUUGUUGAAAACUUGGCCAGCAAGACACCAUUCUAUGUGCGCUGUAUCAAGCCUAAUGAAGUGAAGUCGCCGAUUGUGUUUGAUGAUACUCGCACCAAGCAUCAGGUCAUGUACCUGGGACUUCUAGAGAAUGUGCGAGUGCGCAGGGCUGGGUUUGCUUUCAGAAUGCAGUACGAGCGCUUCUUGCAACGGUACAAGCUGAUCAACUCAAGUACAUGGCCCAACUUCAAUGGACAGACUCUGGACGGUGUGAAGCGCAUCAUCCGUGACCAGGGCUUUGAAGACGAUGUGAAGUACGGCAAAUCUAAGAUCUUCAUUAGAUCUCCGCAGACUUUGUUUGCUCUGGAAACUGCCAGGGAUGCAAAGAUUCCAUCAAUUGUUUUGUUCUUGCAGAGACUGACGCGAGGUGCUCUAGGACGUCAGAAGGCCAAGAAAGUUAGAGCCAUCUAUUUGAUCAUGAGGCGGUUCAAACGCUACAAGCUGAGGAGCUAUGCCCUGGCCUGCAUCGAGAGGUUUGGAAAUGCUCGCAGAAUGAAGGACUACGGCAAAGGCAUCCAAUGGCCCAAGCCUCCGCACUCUAUGAGGCCUACUGUGGAACUUCUGAAGAGAGCACAUGCAAGAUGGCGAGCCCACAUGAUUCUGGCAAGAAUUGAUCCAAAAGAUCGGCCAAUGAUGAGGUUGAAAGUGAUGGCAGGAGACGUUCUUGUUGGGAAACGAGCAGACUGGGGGGUCAAGCGGAACUGGGAGGGAAAUUAUUUGGCUUCUACAAAAGACAACAGCAACACAUCAGACUUUGUGUCGCAAAUGAGCACACUGAAAAACAGAGAUGGAUUUUCCAUUGUUCUGUUUUCAUCCUACGUGAAGAAGGCUAACAAGCACAAUAAGACAGCAGAGAGAGGCAUUGCCAUCACUGACAAAUUCAUCUACAAAAUUGAUGUGAAGAAGAAGUUUAAGCCAAUGAACAAGGGCUAUCCACUAACAGAUGUGACGGGCAUGAGCGUGAGUCCAGGCCGCGACCAGCUGGCCAUCAUACAUCUGAGUGGGGGCAACGACCUGGUGCUCUGCCUGGAGAACCCGGCCCAGGAGGAGCGGGUGGGCGAGCUCAUCGGGGUCAUGUGCUCACACAUGCACAAAAUUUUGAAGAAGGAUAUGAAAGUGAAUAUUUCCAAGACGCUUAACUGUAUGCUGGGACACAAGCCACGGACGGUUGUUGUUAAGGAAACGGCAGUUAAUGGUGGAACUGUUUUUAAGAAGGAAGGAGACAGUCUUGCUCUCAUGUGGCCAAAUGCGUAGAAAGCAGCAUCAGCAUGGCCGCUGUGUGUUGAAGUUUGUUGGGAUGGGUUUAUUUUAGAUAUUGCUCACAUAUCCAUGUAGAGGAAGGGUAUAGUUUGAAAAGUUUUGACUGUCCAAAAGCUGUUUGCAACACUUUAAGUUUUUGUCAUCCUGGCUGUUAUGUAAUGGUCUCAUGUUUGUCUUCGUAGGUUUCUGUGUAAAUUAAAAUCCCAGAGAGGAACAGAUGGCUGGUCCCAUGUGAUCCUAGGAGAUAAAGACUAGCAAGUCUUUAAAGGUUUUUAUGAUGAGACAUUAGUUUUUGAGAGUUAUCUGAACGAUGGCACAUAUGUUGAUCUGUUUGUUUGUUGCCAUCUUCUAUUUGAUACACAUUUGAAUGACUGUAGAUAGUACUUCACUGUUUAAUUUAAAAAAGCAUGCAAUGAUUUGAUAAGUGUUCAACAUAAAUCUAUAGGGGUAGCUGUGUUUAGUGAAAUGAGUAUCUUGCUUAGUUGUCUUAGAGGGUUUUGAAAUUUCAUUAGGUAGUGAAUGGUUUCUUAUCAUUCUCGUUUUUGGUAUUGUGUUGUACUUUUCAGUUUGGGGGGCUGGAAGGGGGGGGGUGUGUUAUUUUUUUGGUUUUCCAUGAGGACUUAGCAUUGCAGAAUAGUCAAUAUUACAGGGCUGUUCUUUUACGUCUUUCAUAAGACUUGGACCUACAAUUUGACCCAUGGCAUUUUGAGAUCUGGAUCCAGUGUGUGUUCCAUGAAAGCCACCACUUACUAUAUUAGUGCUGUACAUAUCAUAUCUCGUAUACACAUUUUAUAAAUUCAUACAUUAUUCAAUCAUUCUGUAUAUUGUGAUUUCAUGAAACACAUGUAUACAAAUACAUUUUUAUUGUAUCUCAAGUUUUUGUUGACAGAAAAUUUACUUUUGACACUUUUUAUUUUUUUGAUACAUGACAUAUAGUGGGAAGAAGGUUGAAAUUAGAUGUUGGAACACAUAUAGGCCUACCUAUAUCUUGUUUGCCAUAUAUUCUGUGAUUGAAUUUAUUUGAGCAAAGUAGUGAGACUGAUAAUGUUUGCUGUGAUGGAAAUCAAUAGAAUUUAGUUUUGCUGACACUUCGUGGUCAUGAUCACAAUCGAGUGGAAUGCACCUUUGUUUUGUUUCAUGCCCCUAGUUGUGCAGAUCUGCAGGCUGAAUCCAAGAAGCUAUGUAGAUACACAUAGGACAGAAAAGAGCAAUGAACUACUGUGGAUGCACAAAUUCAGAAAAUACAGCUUUGUUUCCUCAGAAUAUUGUAUUGGGAAUCUAUCAUACAAGCCAAACUUGCUUAGAAUAGUUGGAAAUAUUUUUAGUGGGUUUUUAAAAAAUAUCGUCAAUGCUUGCUGAAAGUUAUUUGGCUUUGUCUCUAUUCCACACUUUCUGCCUUGAAAGUGUAAUUGCAACCUGAAAGUUGUUGCUUUCGGUGAAAAAUUUUUCUAUUUCCUUAUAUUGUUUUUUUUAUGUGCUAAUUAUUGGCCAAAAAUCAUCUUAUCAGAGGUGCGAAUGAUCAUUCGUAGUAGUCUGUAGUUUCACUGUAUAGGGGUUGACGAUUGUUUGAUAAAUGCUGAGGGUGGUUGUUGGGUGCUUUGAUGUGGUUUGCUUCUGUACUUCUUUUCAGUGUAACCUAUGUUCUGUUCUGUUCCUGGUGCAUUGUAGCCAUUAUUAUGCUGACUUGCUAAGAAUUCCAAGUCAAUUCUUGAUUCUAGCUUACCAAUGAGUCAGAUGGAUGCAUUAUGUGAAUCAAGAAAUGGAGUUGUUGUUGAUUUAUAGAGUCUUUACCACACCUAAUCUGGCUUUUUCUUUGCAUUUAUCUGGUUGCAUUUACAGAUAAAUAUGUAUACUGUAACUGCCUAAGUUUGUUGCUGUGAUACCCAGUAUAUGCCUAUUAUCUUUCUAUGUUGAUAUAUAUAUAUAUAUAUAUGCUCAUUUACACUUGAAUACUAUUGCUGUUUCUGUUGAUUCUGUUUGUGAGCCUAGUUUAUUUUGUAAGCCUUUCUCUGUUCUUGGAUCUCUUUUAACUUUCCUGAACUGAUCUGAUAGUGUCUCUGUGAUGACUGCAGCUUGUCUUGGAAAGUCAAGACAUUUAUAUGAUGAUGGUGAUGGUAAUAGAGAUGUUUUAUAUUUCUCUUUUCUCUUUUUUCCUCUUUUGUCGUGAGAUGUCAUGUCUGUUUUCCGUGUGCCUUUGAUGUCACAGGGUGUUUAUUAAGUUGAUGUCCAGUUUUAAGAGUUACUGCUUCAGCACUGAAGUUUAUCUAAUUCUGGUAAAAGACCAGAAAUUCAGUAAAUUUUACUGCACUUUUGUCAUCAUGACUGAUUUUAGCCCUCUCAGUAGUUUCUGUCUUCUGUUGAAGUUAGUACUGAUUAUGAAAAUGGUAUGACAGACUGAUUAAUAAAAAUUGA